GGUGGCUCUGAAUUUUAACAUCGUAUUGUUUUUGGCGGUUUUCACGCGUCUGCAAUCUUUAAAGAUAUCUACAAUUAAACACAAUGCAAAUAUGUCUUUUCCUGUUACUUAUAAAGAAUUCCAGAAGCUAAUCGUCAACCUUAAGGACAUUGCACUAGACGUGCAAGCACAGGAUGGCGGCGAUAAGACAGUCGAGCAGUGUACCCACUGGUUGUACAAAGCGUUCUUCAGGGAUCCCACCGCUCGAAGUAGAUAUCCUUUCAAAUUAGAAAACCGUCCCAGUUCCUGUUCCCGUCACAUUCUCGAUAAAUUACUUAAAGAAGCAGGGACUGAAAAUAUGGCUGUAGAUGAGGAAGCUGAAAACAAGGCGGAAGCAGCAUCACAAUUCCUGCCACAUCAAUCCCAAGGUGUUAUAGUCGAAGUGGACAAAUGGGGCCCAUUCGUCUUUCCGGUAUCCUUUGAAACAUUCCUGGAGAGCCUGAACCAAAGGGAGGUUUUUUGGAAGAUAACCAAGACCAGGGAACAAUGCCUAGACUUUAUGUUCGAUGAUGCAUUACGACUACGUACUCUUCGAAAGUUCUACAACCGCUUUUACAUGUUUCCAGAGAAGCGAUCCGAAAAAAACUUCUUUAAGGAUGAGCCGGCGACCUCUUUGGCAAAGUUGCUCGAGUUUGGCAGGCCGCAUAAGGAAAUAGCAGCCAAUUGUCUGGUGGAGGAUACCAAUAACAACAAUAAUGCCCUUUCCAGCAAGGAAGCUGCUGACGAACAAAGUACAAGCCUAAAUGAGCCAACUACGUCUUCGCAGGUACGAAAGAUGUCUAGGGUCAAGACUACCGACUGCGCUACAAAAGAAUCUGAAGGUCAUGACGGCAUUCCGGAUAAACCAGGUGUUAAAUAUCCGGUUUCCUUCGACCUCUUCAAACGGCAAGUGAUUAAUCUCGAGGAAAUUGUUCACAAAAUGCAGCUAUGCGAAGAGCAUAAAGGAAAAAACGAUGAGAAUUGUAUUAGGGACUACUACAAUGGGUUUUACACUGUACCGGCGAUGCGAGAAAAGUUCGUUUGCCAAUUUAAGCCAUGUCCCGCAAAGAUGCAAAAGAAACUGCUCAGCUUUCCACCGAAACAUAAAGAGGUGGAAGUGGAAAAACCAGAAGGCCAAAUUGUGGAUUGUAUCGCUGAGAAAUCGGGUGAAGAGUCCCAACCGAAUUCCUACCAGAAGGCUGCCCACGGAGAGAUUCAAAGCGCGCCCGAGUCAACUAUGUCCUCACCAGGACGGGUGCAUCACAAGGCAAAGACUCCCGAGAUCGCCGCUGGAGAUCCUAAAGGACAGCUAAAAACCGUAUCAGAUGUUCAAUAUCCGAUCUCCUUCCAUCUCUUCAAACGGUAUGUGUGCAAUUUCGAGGAUAUUGUUCAGGAAAUGAAGCUAAGCGAUGAGCAUAAAGGAAAAACCGAUGAGAUGUGUAUGAAGGACUAUUACAAAGGAUUUUACACUGCACCAGAGAUGCGGGAAAAGUUCGUUUGCCGACUAAGGCCAUGUCCAGCAAAGCUAAAAAAGAAGUUGCUUAGUUUUCCACCGAAACAUGAGGACAAUGCGGAUAAACCGGAUUGCCAAAUUGUGGAGUUUCUUGAGAAACCAGCUGAGGAGUCCCUACCCAAUUCCUGCAAAGAGACUGCCGAAGGACAGAUUGUAAGCCUAACCCAGUCAACUAUGUCCUCACCAGGACGGAUGCAGCACAAGGCCAAUAUUUCCGAGAGCGCCACUGGAGAAUUUAAAGUUCUGAAAGAGACCGUACCAAGAACGCAUUCCGACAGCCAGGACUGCAUUCCCGGAAAGCCAGCGGUUCAAUAUCCAAUUUCCUUCGGUCUUUUCAAACGUUAUGUGAGCAAUUUCGAGCACAUUGUUCACAAAAUGAAACUAUGCGAUGAGCACAGAGGGAAAACCGAGGAGAAGUGUAUGAUGGACUAUUACAAAGGUUUUUAUGCCUCCUCAGGGAUGAGAGAAAAGUUCGUUUGCCGGUUUAAGCCAUGUCCCGCCAAGCUGAAAAAGAAGUUACUUAGUUUUCCGCCGAAACAUCAAGAGGGACAUGAAAAACAACCAGAUUGCUGUAUUGUGAAUGUUACCACCGAAGAACCAGUUGAGGACAAUCGUAAAGGGUCAAACUGUCAAGCGCAGUUUGUCAUUCCGAGGGUUAAGAAAAUUGUCGCCAAGGAUAUCCGCAAAGAAAACAGCCAAGAUACAAAACCCAACAUGAUAGAGGCCAAAGCGAUAAUGGCUGCAGCAGGAAAUAAGGCUUUCGACCUUACUGAAAUCACGAUAAAUAACACCCUUUAUCUGUUUCCUGUGUCAUUCCGAGCCUUCUUUUAUGCUAUCAACUAUGACGAAAUUAUUGUAGAGUUGAUCAGUGAUACUUACAAGAAGAAAAGCCCUGAGCAGCAAAAGGUUAUUCUUGGGAACGGACGAACUUGUGUACCUCUGUUCCGUCGAUAUUACCUCUCCUUUUAUGUUGAAGUCAAAAUUCGACAACGGUUUAAUUUCAACUUCAGUGCUGCGCCUUCAAAGUUCCGUAAAAAGUUAAUGGAAGUUGCGGUGCCCAUUUCUCAACCCCCGUCACAAACUGAAGCUGUUGAAGACACUGCGCCAAAUCCAGUUGCAGAAGCGUCACUUUCCACAGAACCCUCACAACGUUCGGACGAAUUCUAUGCAGCUAGGGAAAGAGAACUAGAUUGCAAGCAGAGGGUACAAUUUUUUAAACACGUUUCUAAGCGAAGUCGAUAUUUAGACAACUGCUUAGCUCGAGAAGAAAAUUUACAUUCAGAGGCCCAUGCUAGAAAUAAUCAUUCUGCAUCAUCGGUCGCAGACCCAGCAAAAGAACAUGAAUCGCAGUCAAUUUCAAAUCAAUCUGGCGUUAAAGAAGUCACCACAACCCAAGCAACGGAAAUUCUUCAAGAUAAAGAUUUGGAGAAAAGUUUAAAAAUGGCUGAAGCUGACAAAUCUAGCUUAAAAAACUCGGAUAGUGUAACCACAAAAAUUGAAGCGCAAAGAGGGAAAGAACAGACUCCGACUGAUUCAUCCAAUAAAGCGGAAAGUUCAACUGACAGUCAAAAAAGCUUAUCAAAUAAUAGUCCUGCAAAUGUAGGAGUAUCGGAAACAAUUUCAAAAGAACAAACGCAAGACACAACAGGUGAAAAUCCUGGAGAUGCCACGAAAUCAUCAUCUUUAAAUACUUCAGCACAGAAAAGCGAUAAAGAAAUCCUUCUCGAGCGAGCAAUGGAAUUAUUUUUCGCCGAAAGCAGCUCGGAUCACAAUCUGAAGUAUUUGAUCUGCACAAGCCAAGGCCUGAUGAGAACUAUUUGGCGCAUCCUCUACCAGUUAACUCUUCAGGAAUUCCUCAACUACACGAGCAUCCACGACGGCGAGGGCUUGUAUGAAAGCGAUGUAGAUUUGCAACUUUGUUAUCAACACGUCGUGACCCUUGGCAACUGGCCAAUAAAUCUAUGCGUCAAAUUGCCCUAUUUAAAGCAACUGCUCCACACCAAAGGAGUGCAGGUGGAUAGGCUGGAGCUGGGUCAGUUAUCACCAAAGAUAGUUAGUCCUUGGGAACUAGGUCUAUACUCAGAUUUCGACAAAAUAGUUGAAGAGGAGUACACCCUGCACACUGGCAAGGCAAUUGAUGAUGUUGUGCAGUUGUUUCAAGAAAGGGAUAAUUUAUAUGCAGCCUGUUGGACAUAUAAUCAGUGGAUACCAAAAGUACCUCAUCUCACAGAUGAGGCACUUAAUGCCGCAAUCGAAGGAGUGGAGCCUGUUCUCGAUGGAAUUUCAUUGAAGCAACUUUGUUGUGUGGAAAGCCGAGGUGAAAACAGCCCAGCAGAGAUAGUGUCCAUCGCCUCAAGUUCAGACACGGUUCCAGAAGAACAGAGUUGUCCACCCACUCAGCUUAACACAACAAACUUUGUGGACGUGGCAAAUGUGAGUCAGGAUUCCCAAUUGACACAAACUGCUGCCGAUCCACUAAUGUCCCAGGAAAUUGCGCUUGUGGACCAGGAAUUACAUGUGCCAGAAACUCAAAGUGAUCCAACGCCAAUACCGCCGAUUAAAAAGGAACCCAAAUUUCUAAACAACCAACGAGGAACUUUGAACAGCAAUGAUUGCCAAUGGGAGACUAUUACGUCGGAGGAACAAAUAAUUGACUUGGAUGCCAGCCAAAACCAAGAACCGAUUUUCUCCUGCUUUGCAAUCGCCAAGCCGACAGAGGAGAAAGUGGAAGAGUUGACAGCUCCUGCGCCUCCAGAACCGUCGACGCAUCAGGAAACUGCGAGUCUGGGCAAGCGACAGGCUGCCAGCAAAGCAGUGCCCAGCAAGCGAAUUAGACUGAUCAAAGACAACGUUCCGCAGCUGAGGCAUCAGUUCCAACCGCUGCCGAUGGGUGUAGUUGUGCGAUUCGAAUCUGGAGCAAACCAACCAGAGCCCGAGAUCACGCCCUCGCAGGACUUUGCCGCUGGCAACACACUCCUGGAUUGCCCUGAUCUCAAUGCACUGCUAAAUUCAACGAAUGUCAACACCCGCAAGGUAAUUGAAGAACAAGUUGAUACUGUUUCUGUUAUAGUUCCUGCCUCGAAGCCCGUUGUCGUUCCGCCCCGUCUUCAAAGCAGCAUUAUAUUCCGCGAUCUGGUGCGCUUCAGCUUCUUCAGCUCGCUGACUGUUGAGCAAAUAAUAAGGUAUCGCAUUGAAGGAUACCUAGAGGGUGCGAACUACCAAAACGCACUGGCUAGGAUCGACGACAGGCUGUGCAACUUGCGGGGUCCGCUGCUCGAGAGCCUCUUUCCCCACCUCUCAACCACGUUGCGAGCUGACUUGCAGCAGGUGCUCUGCGAUUUGGGGGAGUUCACCUACAAAUGCCGCUGGCCAACGCACAAAGAUGCCACCGCAGAUCUCCGCGCACGGGUUGUCCAUGUCUUCAUGGAUGUGGCCCCAAAAUUCGGGCAGUUCCGCAUCCAGUACGAUAAUGCAACCAGGGAGUGGGCUACCUGUAGCGAAAUGGGCAGGUGGAACACCGAGGCGGACGUGCGGGAAACCAGCUUCGACGUCGUCGAGUUCAUCGACCCCGGCAUCUUGAAGAGAAUGAAGAAACUAAAGGAUCUGAUGAGUUGAUAUUUAUUAAAACCACAUUUUUGGUUCAGUUUAACCGAAUGUUAAUGAAUAAAUGGUUAAUGCUAUAUAAAAUCG